GUCAUCUAUACCUUUACUACGCAAGUCUGUCCUAUACAAUACAUAGAGCUUUUCACCUCCGGCCCUAAAACUGUCAAGUCACGAUGCCGAAUCUCGCUAGACAUUGGGCAGAAAGUCCACUAGUUGAAUUGCGAACUGCUUUUGGUUGGGUGUACCAUAUACAUGAGGAUCUCCUCGCAGGAGUGGGGCCCACAUUCCAGGCUUUGCUUGAAUCACAAGACGCCAUGCCCAUUAAGCAGAUAAACAUCGGGUUUCACGGAGGACGAGCGGUUGAGCACCUCAUCAGCUAUGCCGUCAAGCGCCAUUCAUAUCAACAGCAAGGCAUUGACGUAGCCGAUUGGUAUUUCGAUUGGUGUCACACAAUCAGAAAUGGCGCGGCAGGUAUGGAUGUGAGAGCAUUUGCUGAAGAGACGCUGGAACUCUGGUCAUUCUCGCAAGAGUGGCGCCUUGAGAUCAUCCAAGGCCACAUGCUCAAAGCAUUCAGAGCACUCAAACAGACACAUCUCGGCCGCGGAAAUGAUGUGAGCCCGCCGAUGCUCACAUUAGAAAUCGUAUUACGAAUGAACUCUAGCUACACCAAGCUAUACGAAUUCUUCCGCGAUUGGUUAGCGACUGGAGACUUUAAGAAUUUCAUGGGACACCACGACAUCUGUGAAAUUGACCGCGAGAUGCUGUGGAGUGCCCUCCACAUUGCGGCGAACAAAUAA